CGGGGCUGUGGACUGCACUCGCAUAUUAAUUAGAAAGCCUCAUAUGCACGGAAAUGAGUAUGUGAACAGGAAAGGUCACCACAGUUUGAAUGUUCAAGCUACGUGCAAUGUAAAGGAGGAAUUUGGCCUGGAUCUGUACACGAUGCCAGAAUAUGGAGAAACUGCAAUGUGUGCAGAGUAAUGUCAAACCAGGCAAUUGUUCUCCUCAUCAGUGAUUCAGGAUAUCCUAUUGCUCCAUGGCUCAUGACCCCAUAUCAAAAUCCUAACCACCAGAACAAACAGCCUUCAAUUUCCUAUCAGUUUCCUAUUUUAAAAAGACGAAUUAGAUUGACCCCUGAGGAGGUGCUUUCAGUGAUUUUGUGUUGUAUUUUGCAUAACAUAGCAAAAUUCUUGCAAGAUGAAGAUUUUCCUGAACCUGGAGACCAAGAGGACGAAGAACUAAUCCAUGAUGAUGGUGUAAAUAAACCAAAUGUAAGACAAAGAAGACAGCAGAGAAGAAAUGAAAUAGCACAUAUAAUUCAUGGAAUGAGAAGAGUAUAAUUGCUUCUUCUUAUAAUCCUGCACCAAUGACAUUGUGACAGUAUUAGAUGCUCAGAAAACUGGCUUUAGGCAUCCCAGCAGAAAUGAUUCCUAAAAUAGUCAAUUAUUAUAAUCUAACGAAUAAAAAUGUAAUUACUUACCCGUAGCAAUAAAAUGUAAUUAUUUUAUAAAUAAAUAAAAAGUUAUGUCAAAUAUUGUUUUGAAAGAAAAUUUUAUUCUCAUUGAAUAAUUUGAAGACAGUGUAAGGUCUAAAAAAUUGUAUGAAUGUUUGCCUAAGAAUUAAAAAUACAUUCAAACCAAUUUAGAAAAAAAAUACAAAAUGAAUAUUGGUUCUAAACCUAAUGAGGCCGAGUAAGAGCAUUAUGAACAUUAAUAACACCAGAGACAAAAGGGACAGCAGAGGUAGGUGGAAAUAGCAAGAAUCAGUUUCAAGAGAGUCAAGAGAAAAAUUUAACAUUCUUCAGAUCAUUCACAUUUAUUCAUAAAUUAUUUACACAAUUAAUCUGAUCCAAUUGCCACUGCAAUUUCCUUUUUUUAAAUAGCAAAAUUUCCAACUGCUGAAUAUAUACCAAUUUUUCCAGUUCGGCAUUAGAGAGUCCAUUCACAUUUCUUUUCCUUUUCACAGGCGUAACGUCUUCGUACAUACUAGUUCCAUAUUCGAAAAUCAAACUAGCACUUAUUGAUGCACCAUUUUCUUGUAACGUACUUGUAAAAUCUGCACCACCAUCAUCACUGACUGAAGCAAUACCAGCUUCUAUUGCUCCUGAAAAUGUAUAAAUUACGUAUUUUUAAUUCACUCGUAGUUUACUAAUUGAAAUGCAAUUGCAAUAAUAAAUUGUAUUCCAUAAAUAAUAAACGAAUGAGUGAAUAAAAGUUAUUGUUACCUUCGAUUCGGGUUACAGUUGGAUUAGUAUCUCCAUUGAUCAGUUUAAGGUAAUUUUUUUCCCACUCCGUCAGCUUCAUUUUUUUGUUGCUAGUCUGCAACCCGUCGGUUUUUUUCUUCACUCUAUCCUUUAAAUUGGAAAUUGUCUUCGAUAGUUGUCGGGUGGUUAUUUCUUUUCCAAAUCUAACUCUGUAUUUCUCCGCUGCUUCAAUAAGGGCUACGGCCUUCUUCCGCCUUGAUGAAGGCAAUUGGGAUUUUUCAAAUAAAAUCCUGUGAUCCUUCAAAAUGCUAACGAAGGCUUUUUGAUGGUAGAAUGCGGGGCCCUCCUCAACCGAUCGCUCUGAAUCACUCAUUUAAAAAUUCGUAGCACAACUCGCCCGGCGAUGGUGGUACGGUUAGCGUACCGGACUGUUGUACCCA